UUAAUCAUCUUUUGGAUCUACGGCCGAAAAUUCCAAAUCUGAAACACCGGUCUACGGAUGUUCAUGUUCUGUUAUCCUUGUAUUUUCCAAGAUGCGUUUGAGACACCAUUGCGCUACAGAUUCGAUUUUCACGUUUCGGAGAAAUGGAUAUAAAUACUAAUGAUCAACAACCAAAGCAAGAACGCCUAAGAAGAAGAUGGACACCGUCCCUUGAUAAGGUCUUUGCGGAACUUGUUGUUGAGCAGAUUCGGCUGGGAAAUCGGCCAAACAAUGUUUUUGAUAAAAAAACUUGGAAUUGCAUACGGAGUGAAUUUAACAGACUGACAAACCUCGAUUUCAACAACAAUCAGUUGAGGAAACACCUUGAUGUACUCCGGACACGUUACUAUGCUUUCAAGUCAUCUUCAUCUGGUCAAAAUGAUUCUUUGGUGGAUUCUUGCUUUGCUGGUUUUGAUCUUUGGGAAGACAUUGUGGGUCAACCGAAGCCGGAAACAAGCAAGAUUAAGGAGUGCCCAAUCUAUGAGGAAUUAUGUUUGAUUUUUGAAGAACCUGAUGCUGAUGGAAAGUAUGCACAAUCAAGUCACUAUGGAGAAUUGGACAAAUCAGCGGUUGCAGUGGCAGUAGAUCAUCACACCUCUUUUAUAGACAGCGAAAAUGCGUCCCCCAUGACCCCACUCCCAUUGACAUCCUUCCCCGGAUCCAUGGGUGGUAAGAGUGGAACGGAGAAGAAAAGAAAGCGUCUCCCUGAGGAUUCAGUUGAGAACAGCAGGGAUGAUGGUGAGAUGAUCAACGUUAUCUCUCAAACCUUACAAGAGAUGAUAGCUUCAUCAAAGAUGGUGGUGGGUUCACUUGGCUAUGGUCCUCCACUCCAAACCGACGAAAGGUUCACUAUAAGUAAGUGUAUAAAAGCCUUGGAUGAUAUAGAAGGCAUACACGAUGCCCUCUACUACCCGGCUCUUGACUUGUUUGAGGAUCCAAGUCUGAGGGAGAUGUUUCUCUCUCUUAAUAGCAGCGUACGCCUGACUUGGUUACAGGGCAGGUUGACUAAUUUUUUCUCGGAUUGAGUCAGUAGACACCACCUUAUGAUAUUUUUUUCAGUAUAGCAAAGGAUCGUGAGCUGCGCUGGUAUAUACACCCUGAUUGUUGUGGCAGGUAGCAGCAUAUUAUUACAACUUAGCAAUUUUUUUUCUUAAAUUCUUUGUUAUAAGCUUCAUAGUGUUUUU